AUGGCUUUACUCCCAUCAAUUGCUGCCUUCGGGACAAUGGCCGUGAUGUCAUCGAACUUCCCAAGAAAUGCCACAGUUUUCGAUGUUUCCUCUAUUCGAGAUCUCUCAAACGCAACGAGUGCUCGGAAUUUCACCUGCAGUACCUGCUCGCUCAUCUUCUUCUUUGUCUACAUGGCCAGCAGAAUCUUCCGCUUCUCUGAACGGCUGAUGGUUUGGGUUGGCCGCUUGAUUUUAUUGAUUGGAGCUUUUGGAAUUUCGGCCGUCAUGGUCUGCCUAUAUUUUUCGUUGGACGAGUACAUCAUCGAGGGACUGUCGAUACUCUAUUGUCAGUUUGCGAGAGCCAGGCUGGCGAUGUCCAUCACCCAAAUGAAAACAAAUUCAAAACAUUCAAACUACUGCCAGGCCAAAAGUUGCACUAGGCUGAACUUCGUGCUACUGCUUUUGGAAGUUUUCGAGACAACUAUUGGAACAACCAUUUGUCUUAUCGUCAUCUCUACAGGCAUCAACGACCCAAUGCCGUACCUUCUGAUUGUCUACAUCACUCUGGUUUUUGUGUCGCUAUUCACUCUUGUCACAGAAAUCGUUCCAAUCAGAAGACCAGAUCCACCUCCAGUCGAACGUCUCCGCCCCAUCAGACACAACCCCAGAAUUGCAAACGAAGAUGAGGAUAAUGACAACGCGGUCCCUAUGGAAAGAAUCAGGAUGGUCAAUCCCAUCGCUGAUUACUUCCAAUGA